GCAGCCGGGCCUGGCCUGGAGAUGCCGAAGUCGUGCGCGGCCCGGCAGUGCUGCAACCGCUACAGCAGCCGCAGGAAGCAGCUCACCUUCCACCGGUUCCCGUUCAGCCGCCCGGAGCUGCUGAAGGAAUGGGUGCUGAACAUUGGCCGGGGCAACUUCAAGCCCAAGCAGCACACGGUCAUCUGCUCCGAACACUUCAAGCCCGAGUGCUUCAGUGCCUUUGGGAACCGCAAGAACCUGAAGCACAAUGCCGUGCCCACGGUGUUUGCCUUUCAGGCCCCCACGCAGCUGGUGAGGGAGAACACAGACCCUGCCGGUGAGAGGGGAAGUGCCAGCUCACAGAAAGAAAAGGUCAUCCUCCCUGCAGCAGAGGCCGAGGAGCACAGCCCAGGAAGAAACAUGGACACCGCACUCGAAGAGCUUCAGCUGCCCCCGAAUGCCGAAGGCCCCACAAAACAGGUGUUGCCACACAGACCGGAAGCUGCAGAGGCGCCUGGUCGGCCGGGCAGCCUCACAGGGCUGAGAAGGCCUCUCCGCAAGCAGCCAUCUGACCACAGCUACGCCCUUUUAGAUUUAGAUGCCCUGAAAAAGAAACUCUUCCUCACCUUGAAGGAAAACGACAAGCUCCGGAGGCGCUUGAAGGCCCAGAGGAUGGUGAUGCGGAGGAUGUCCAGCCGGCUCCGCGCCCACAGAGAGGGGCAGCAGGGACCCCAGGCCAGGGCUCGGCCAGAGCAGGGGAGCUGAGCCCGACAGGUUCUGGGACAUGGGGGCAGCAGUGGCACCAAGGCCAGGCCUGGAUUUGGGGCUCUGGCCGUGGUUAUUUCUGUCUGCUGCCAACGUGGAGAACGCUGGCAAUGAGCUUGCUGGGCAGUAGCCACGCUAGCUGGUGAGGAGCCCGAACACUGUCUGCUGUGAUGUUUGGAGGCCUCAGGCUGGGAGCGUGGAUUCCUGGGCGUGACAAGCUUAGUCCUCCUGCGGUAACAGAAGUCCAGUCUGAGGCUGGCUUCUGGCUGCUGUCCUUUCGGCACACACUGAGCCAGUACUGCACUUCCCUGAGGGAGCGAUGGCUGACUCUAUGGUAGGGCAGGUGGGUCCCCUCCAUCAGCCUGGACAGCUGGCUCAAGAUGGCUGAGACUGGCCUCUGUUCUAAGGAGCAGCUCCUCUCCUGGCCUGGUUUGAGUGAGCAACAAACAUAAUAC